AUGGGAUGCAAACAAUCUAAAGCAAAAGAGUCUGUAACAGCGCGCCAAAGUAAUAUUGCGCAAAAAAACGAGGGUGAAGAAACAAAUGAUGCUCCAUAUAAAUUGAAACCGGAGAAAAAAACCCCAUUGGAUGUAAAACCACCACCCGUUAAGGCAGUUCCCAAAAUUGCACCAAAAUAUGCGCAAAGAAAAGGAAGCUCAAAAAAAUUCUCAUAA